GGAAGAGAAAAAAAAAAAAAAAAGAGAGAGUUCAAAGCAAACACGUCGGCAUAAAUCUCCCUAAUCAUCCCGAGAGUUCCGUUUUUCCUCUCUCCCCGCGCACGGACUUCGCUACUUGUUAUUUUUUCCACCUUUUUUCGCUCCUUCUCCUCGUCCUAGAGCGCGCCAAUGCCAGAGACCACGCCGAAAAAGAGGAUUUUUUUUUCCCCUUGAGCAUGAAAAGGAUUGCCAAACCAUCCGCAAUCCAACAUCACCGACUGAGCCACCAGCAUGAGCACUGGAUACAUAUGCUACAGCACAAGUUGUUGGCUCGACAACUAACAAACCUUGGACCGCAGCUACCGAGAAGAGGGGAGAGUCAGUUUUAGGUCUCCACAGAAUGGAGCGAGAAUGAACAGAGAGCGGUUUAAGAAAAAGCAUGAACUGGAGGUUUAUUGAGGUCAUCUGCUUCCUGUUUAUAUGGGACCAUAUAACAGUUCAGUCUUCCCGCCAGGAGCGCCAGGAGCCAUCGGCCACUGAGCAACAUGUCACUAAACAGUAUGACUGGCUCAUCUCAGACCGGGGACCUUUCCACCACUCCAGGAGUUACCUGUCCUUUGUGGAGAAAUUCCACCAGGGAUUUACGACCAGAUAUAAAAUUUAUAGGGAAUUUGCACGUUGGAAGGUGAGGAACACGGCCAUCGAGAGGAGGGAUCUGAUCCAGAACCCGGUGCCGCUGAUGCCAGAGUUCCAGCGCAGUGUGCGUUUGCUCGGCCGCAGACCCACCACUCAGCAGUUCAUCGACACUAUCAUUAAGAAAUAUGGGACCCACAUUCUCAUCUCGGCCACACUGGGAGGUGAGGAGGCUCUCACCAUGUACCUGGCCAAGAACAAGCUGGACCGGAAGCUCGCCAACGCCACGCAGAAUGUGGAGGCCCUCCAUCAGCUGGCCUCGUCCUACUUCAUCGACCGGGACGGCACCAUGAGGAAGCUGCACGAGAUCCAGAUUUCAACCGAUGCCAUUAAGGUGACGGAAACACGCACUGGGCCACUGGGCUGCAGCAGCUAUGAUAAUCUGGACUCCGUCAGCUCCAUCCUCCUGCAGAGCCCCGAGAGCAAGCUUCAUCUGCAAGGGCUCCAGGUGAUUUUCCCAGACUACCUACAGGAGAAGUUCGUCCAGUCCGCUCUGAGCUACAUCAUGUGCAACGGCGAGGGCGAGUACCUGUGCCGGAACAACCAGUGCAUCUGCCAGUGCACGGAGGAGUACCCGCAAUGCAACUGUCCCAUAACCGACAUCAAGAUCAUGGAGAACACGCUGGGGGCCAUGUCUGACACCUGGGCCUCUUCGUACAAAGACUUUGAAAACUCCGAUGAGUUCAAGUCCUUUUUGAAGAGGAUGCCCUCCACUCACUUUCUGCCUAUCAGCAGUGUGCAUCUGCUCUGGGGCAGUGACUGGGACCUGCAGGCUCGCUACAGGCUGCUUCAGAGCUCCCUGGAGAUCCAGAGGCUCAAAAUCCACCGAACUGCCCGCAAGCUGUUUAGUCUGAGCAUCCGCUGUCACCACAACCCUAACCACCAGAUGCCUAGGGAGAGGUCCGUGAUGCAGUGGCUGAACCGUGUGCAGUCCUUCCUCUACUGUAAUGAGAAUGGUUUCUGGGGGACCUUCCUGGAGAGUCAGAGGACCUGCGUGUGCCACACAGGGGUCACUCUGUGCCAGCGUCCCAUCCCCUGUGUCAUCGGAGGCAAUAACAGCUGUGCCAUGUGCAGCCUGGCCAACAUCUCCCAGUGCGGCUCCUGUAACAAGGGCUAUAAGCUGUACCGCGGCCGCUGUGAGCCUCAGAAUGUAGACUCUGAGCGGAGUGAGCAGUUCAUCAGCUUUGAGACGGACCUGGAUUUCCAGGAUCUGGAGCUCAAGUACCUGCUCCAAAAGAUGGACUCUCGUCUCUACAUACACACUACCUUUAUCAGCAAUGAGAUUCGCCUCGAGACCUUCUUUGACCCUCGGUGGCGCAAACGCAUGUCCCUCACUCUUAAAAGUAACAAGAACCGCAUGGACUACCUCCACAUGAUUAUUGGCCUCUCGAUGAAGAUCUGCCAGAUGCGAAACAGCAGCAUUGACCCCAUGUUCUUUGUGUACGUUAACCCCUUCAGUGGCAGUCACUCGGAGGGCUGGAGCAUGCCGUUUGGUGAGCAUGGAUAUCCCCGCUGGGAGAAAGUGCGGCUCCAGAACUCACAGUGUUUCAACUGGACCCUGCUGUUGGGAAACCGCUGGAAGACUUUCUUUGAGACGGUCCACAUUUACCUGCGAAGUCGCGCCAAGAUUCCCACCGGCCUCCGCAACGACACAGGCCAGGGCCCGGUGGACCUCGCAGACCCAAACAAACGGCAGAUUUACAUCAAAAUAUCUGAUAUCCAAGUGUUUGGCUACAGCCUGCGCUUCAACGGAGACCUGCUCCGCAGCGCCGUACAGCAGGUGAACCAAUCAUACACCCAAGGAACUCAGUUCUACUCCUCCUCCUCUGUCAUGCUCCUGUUACUGGACAUCAGAGAUCGGAUUAACCGCCUCGCCCCUCCAUCUGCACCUGGGAAACCCCAGCUGGACCUUUUCUCUUGUAUGCUCAAACAUCGACUCAAGCUCAACAACAGUGAGAUGAUCCGAGUGAAUCAUGCUUUGGACAUGUACAGUACAGAGAUACUCAAACAGUCCGAUCACCUAACAACUAAACUCUGUUAAACAUUAGCAGCAAAACAGACUGAACACAUGAAUCUAAGGGAAUAUUCAUCUGAAUUUUGUUUGAUUUUUGGACUUUUUCUGCCUUUUGAUGUAAUAUUAACUUUGUAAGAAUAAUUCUUAAAACAAAAAGGAACAUGCAGUGAUGAAAGCAGCUGAGGCUGACAAAGAAGAUAAUGGAUCCACUUUAAAGACUGUACCAUAUUUGUCCCAGCAUGUCUGUCAUUCCCCUAAAGAAACUAAAAAGAGAAAAAAAAAAUAUGAAUCCAUUUACUGGUGAAAAGAGGCCUUGAUUUUACUCUGAGGGAUCAAAGGUUUUAUCUGAAACUGCCAUUCUUAUGAAAUACAAACAUUUUUAAAGAAAAAAACAGGGGCAGACCAGAUAUCCUUUAUUUCAACUCAGCUGUUUCCCAACUGACGGACUGUUUAAUAUUAAAGAUGUUUAUAUAAUGUAAGGAUCACAUAGCCCAAAUAAUCACAAUAGAAACUCUAGUUCAAUUGAAAUCUGAGUCUAUGUUGCCCUUUGUAAGUUCCCAAACACAUAAGGCACACAAAGGCAGUAAAGCAUAGUCCUGUUGAAUAUCAAAGCCAGCUGUUUAUAUCCACAUAUAUAUGUGUGCGAGUGUGGGUGUGUUUGUGCGUUUGCAUAUUUCCUUUUGGCUUGGCGCUUAUCGCUGUUCCUAAUUGAAUGUGUCCUUUUUAGGAUUGACACAGUCUGAGUUGGAUCUUUUCAGUUUGGAGCGCUUCUUCUCGUGUUUGAGAGCUGUGUUUUUCACAGACAGUACCUCCUGGUGCGCGAGUGCAAUAUUGUGGUCUGAAGAAUUUAACAAUCAAUGCUAUUUUGAACAGCUUUGCAAAAUGUAAUGUUGUGACUGCUGAUUUGUGGAGCUUUCCCGCACCAAGAGCAAAAUGUAAACAUUCAUCAUUCUGGCACAUUACAAAAUGACUUAAAGCCAUACACUCCCUCGAGUCCGUCCAGAGGCAACCCCCAGAGUCUCACUACAUGCUGACCUCAUAACGUGCAUCAUGUUGGCUUCUGUUUGCUGUGUUUUCUAUAUUAUCUGUUCAUUUCAGACAAGAGCACAACAAAAAUAAAUAUGUAAAAGUCACCUUUUGGUAAACUCUAAAUUAACUGAAUCAGCUGUAAUAAAUUAUACAAAUCCCGUGUUGUGCCACAAACUUUUAUGAAGCCUGUAUCUUUGGCAGUAAACGCUGCAGUACUUUUACUCACUAUUUCAAAGUAAGUGCUUUACUUUACACAGUAUGAGUUGCAUGUGGUAGUAACACUGCACUUUAUGGUGUACAUGAUGAAACUAAGACAGUAUUAAAUUAGUAUAAGGCGACGUUUUAAACAAAGAGCCUCAGACACUGAUACCAAAACCUCCGAUGUCCCAGAGCAAACAUUAAAAAACAUUAAAUCAAGUAUUUUUAACCUAAGAUUUAGUUCUUUAAAAAUAUCCCGGUCACAAACCACUCAGUAGAUUUCCAUGUUAUUCUUGUUCUUAUUAAGUGCCUGUUAUCUAUCCCUUUAACAUGUUUUAACCUGGAGGAAGACUUUAGCUGUUACACCCAGUGACACUGAAGUCCCUUUAGCAUCCAAUCAUUGUUUGUCCAAAACACACUUCUCGUUUUGGUUUGUGCAUGCGGGAGGUCUGCUGUUCCAAUGAGGGCGACUUUAACAGUGGACCGUGUCCAAACCACUGUUGUACCAUAUGUCUGUAUAUAUGAAACGAUUCAGUGCUCUGCUACAUUAAGAUAAAACAUCAAAUUAAAGGGAAUAGUAUGAAGACUCUUGAAACACUUCAUUUCCAGUGAAUUGACACCAGAUACUGGGCACUAAUCACAUGAAUUAUUCUUCCUUUUUAACAUUGAAACUUAAUGAACGUUCUAAAUUGGAUCGACUGCAAAGGCCAUUAAACAAGCACAUCUUCAUAUGGUGUUAUGCUUAUGCUCACAGUGUUGCUUACAUGUGUCCAUGGAUCUGUCUGACUGAAGAUUUUUACACAUACAUACAUCGCCUAUGUACUUUUUGCUGUUCUGUUGAGAUGAUUAUAUCAGC